GCUUAUAAACGUAGCAUGGUGACACGAUAUGUCAGUCCUCUCUUGAGCCAUUUGCUGUGCUUACAAAUUGACACCAACUUUCGACUUACGAGCCGUCAUCGAUCAUCCGGAGCAAUGGAGGUAGCAAUUAUAGUUGCGAUGGCAUUCCUCAGCAUGUUCACGUUCUGCGAGGAAGGGUAUGCUCUUCCUGAAGACGCGAAGGCGACCACCAUGAAAGACAUAAAGGAGCCUAAGGAUAUUAAAGAAGCGGCGACCGCAUCGAAGGACGUAAAGGAUGCCAUCAAGGCUGCCAAAGAUGCGAAGAAGAACAAGAAGGAUUGUGCCCGAGAAUGCGGGAAUGAUUAUGAUCCUGUUUGCGCUCACGAUCCUGCCGAUCCCAACGUCAAGCCGAGGACUUUCGGCACGCAGUGCACUCUGGAUGUUCACAACUGCGAGAUGGGAACGAAACUGGCCGUGAAGAGCAAAGGCGAGUGUCCUGGUUCCGGCGGAGUGAGACUGUCCUAAAGAGUUACUUGCAAUAUUUCAGAAGGCCAUCAAGAAACGCGAAGUAGAAUAUUAAUUGUCAAAUUAAUCGUUAGGCUAUUGUCGAGAGUUUAUCUAGUUGCGCGAGUAAUAUUUCAACACAAUUUUUUCUCUGCACGUAUACAGGUGCAAUGGUUUGUAAGAGGAUGUUGGAAAUGAUGAUGUCGCGAGAAAAUCUAUCGAUGUUCGACUGCACUAUACGCUAUAUGUGAUGUAAAGCCGAAACGCAUCUAUUCAAUAAAUAUUAAUGAUGAGCAACUA